UCUUAGAUUUUGAUUAAUUGCAGAACGACCUAGAGUCUUCUGUUUCUUUUGGUCAUCGUUACUUGUGGUGGCUUCGACGGUCAUGCUGCUCUCGGGCAGAGUGUCCGGCUUCAUGAACAGUGCGGGAAUGUCAUCUUUCCUAAGAGGAAGUGCUGGAGCUAGGAUGUCAAAGGUUGCAUCUUUCAAGUUGCCACAGGCUUCUUUCAGACGACCUGGUCGACUGGCGCCAUUUUCCAACGUGAGGAUGGUAGCGACUUCGUCUGUGGAUGUCAAGUCUUCAGCCAUCUUUCAGAAGUAUGAUAUCGUGAAGGAGGAUCACAUCGAUGAGUAUGGUGCUAAAGUUGUUCUCUUCAAGCACAAGAAGACUGGGGCUGAAGUAAUGUCAGUGUCAGUUCCUGAUGAGAACAAGGUGUUUGGAAUCACGUUUAGAACUCCUCCGAAUGAUUCAACUGGGGUCCCACACAUCCUGGAGCAUAGUGUGUUGUGUGGAUCUCGACGAUACCCUGUCAAAGAACCAUUCGUUGAGUUGCUGAAAGGCUCGAUGAACACGUUUCUCAACGCUUUUACAUAUCCAGAUCGUACAUGUUACCCAGUUGCAAGCCAGAACCUCAAGGACUUCUACAAUUUGAUCAACGUGUAUCUGGACGCUGUGCUUCAUCCUGCGUUGACCCCAUGGACUCUGAAGCAGGAAGGUUGGCACUAUGAGAUCGAAGAUGAGAGUGAUGCUCUCAAGUACAAGGGAGUGGUUUUCAAUGAAAUGAAGGGGGUUUAUUCGUCACCAGAUGCUGUUCAUGGUCGUGCAUGCCAGCAAGCUCUUUUCCCAGACAACACCUAUGGAGUAGAUUCUGGUGGAGAUCCUACGGUCAUUCCUAAGCUUACUUGGGAGAACUUUGAAGGUUUUCACAAAAAGUUUUACCAUCCAUCGAAUUCCAGGAUCUACUUCUACGGAGAUGAUGACGUUGCAGCCCGCUUAGAAUUGUUGGAAACUUUUCUCGGCGAGUUUGAACAACAUCCCAGGGUCCGCAAGGACUCUACCAUUGAAUGGCAGCAGAAGAGGAAUGCCCCUUGGACGAUUGAACAGCAUUACCCGUCUGGACAGGACGGCAAAGUGCUCAUGACUGUCAACUGGCUCAUCAACGAUCAGGUUUUGAAGCCUCAAGAUGAGCUGGCUCUUGAUGUUCUUGAUGAUUUGUUGAUGGGAACCCCUGUGUCCCCUUUGUACAAAACUUUGAGGGAAAGUGGACUUGGUGAGAGUGUCAUCUCUGAUGGAUUGGAGACUGUGCUCCAGCAGGCAACGUACUCAGUUGGUAUGAAAGGAAUCGAUGAUGUCGCAAAGUGUGAUCAGGUUCAAAAGCUCAUUUUGGACACCCUCAACAAGAUCGCCAACGAAGGUUUCGACAAGUCUUCUAUUGAAGCCUCGUUGAACUCGUUGGAAUUUAAGCUGAGGGAGUUCAAUACUGGAGGAUUUCCGAGAGGGCUCUCGUUCAUGCUUGGAUCCCUUUCCAGCUGGCUCUACGAUCGUGAUCCUAUGGAGCCGUUGAGAUUCGAAAAGCCCCUUGCAGAGUUGCGUUCGCGAAUUGCCAGUGGUGAACCUGUGUUUGAGGAUCUCAUCAAGAAGUACUUGAUUAAUAAUGGUCAUCGCGUCACUGUGAAGUCCCUUCCUGAUCCUGAGCUGGAGGAGAAGAAUCGCAAGCGAGAAGAGGAGGAGCUUGAGAACGUGAGGAAGAGCCUGCAGAAGGAGGAUAUUUCCAAGCUCAUCGAAGAAACAAAGAUGCUCAAGGAGAAGCAGCAAGCAGAAGAUCCACCAGAGAAGCUUGCUUUGAUUCCAUCUUUGACUAUGGAUGAUCUGGACAAGCAGGGACGUAACAUUCCGAUUGCCGUUUCUGAGGAGAAGGGUGUGAAGGUGCUCCGUCACGAGCUUCCAACCAAUGGAAUCGUUUAUGCAGAUAUUGGUCUUGACAUGCGCGUUGUGCCUGUCGACUUGCUCCCUCUCAUUCCACUCUUCUGCCGCUGCCUCACGGAGAUGGGAACCCACAAGAGAGAUGAUAUCGCCUUGUCGGACUUCAUCCGAACGCACACGGGAGGAGUCUACACUUCAACCUCAACCACGCAGAAGUAUGGCAGCGGGAACAGGCUUCCUGAACCCGAAGUUGUGAGCAACCUGUUCCUCAGGGGAAAGGCAACUUACGCAAAGUCUGCUGAAAUGUUCGAGGUUAUGAAUGAUAUCAUCACGAACACCAACUUCAACAACCAGAACAAGUUCAAGCAGAUGGUUUUGGAGACGAAGGCACGUCUUGAGGCCAACAUUGUUGGAUCUGGGCACUCGUACGCAGCUGGCCGUAUUGGAGCCAGAUACAUGGUGACUGAGUUUGUCGAAGAGAAGAUGAGGGGCAUUGAAACUCUUGACUUCAUUCGUGAACUCGCCAAAGAGGUUGACAAGAACUGGGAAGGAGUUUUGGCCAAGUUGGAGCGGAUCCGCGACCUGCUUGUGAACAGGAAGAAUCUGCUCAUCAACCUCUCUGCUGAAGACAAAGGUUUCUCCUCUCUGCAGUCAAAUCUGGAGGAGUAUAUCCAGAGCAUCCCCCUCAAGACUGAGGAAUCGAAGGUGGUUGACUGGGCCAUGGAGAUGAAGAAGUUUGAUGGCAAGGGAGAAGGUUUUGUUGUCCCAACUCAGGUGAACUAUGUCGGCAAAGGCGCUCAGAUCUUCAAGCCUGGUGAGGUUACUAGCGGCGCUGCUGCUGUUGUCUCCCGUCACCUCAGGACGACCUGGCUGUGGGAUAAGGUGCGCGUCGUGGGUGGCGCCUAUGGCGCCAUGAACUCGUACAAUCCGAGCUCAGGCAUGUUCAAGUAUGUGUCUUACAGGGAUCCCAACCUGCUGCAGACACUUGAGACGUACGACCAGACCCCGGAGUUCUUGCGGGAGCUCUCCAAGGAGAUGUCACCCACGACUCUGGCCAAUGCGAUCAUCGGUAUGAUCGGCGACAUGGACGCGCCCAUGUCACCUGAUCAGAAAGGCUUCACGUCGAUGGAUCGUUACUUGACGGGCCUAACCGACGAGAUGAGGCAGGAACGCAGAGAUCAGGUUCUCAGCACCACUGCCAAGGACUUCGCUGAGUUUGCCGAGAGACUGGAAGUUGUGACAAAGGAGGGAUCAAUCGCCGUCAUCGGGUCAAGCUCUGCCUUGGAGGAGGCCAACAAAGAGCUUGGCCUUGAGCUGAAGAAAAUUCUGUAGAUUUAUUGCAUUACAUUCGCAUACGGUC